ACAAGUAGCCGGGCGGACUGUUGGAUUGUCGUUAACGGCCGUAACGGACUAACGCGUUGCCAGCUGUGACAGGCUGGCGAUGGAGAGUGGUAAAACUGAGGUGUUAGUCAUAUGACCAAAGAUGGCAUCCUAUUUAGCACAAGAAGUUCAGCUUGCUAAAAGACAUGAAGAAAUCCUGUCUCAGAGAUUGGUGCUGCUUCGGCAGAUGGAGAGUCAUCUAGGAGACAAAGAAGCUGAGAAGACAUGGCAAAUGCAAGAAACUGAUGCAGCUCAUAAAAGAAAUGUAGCACUUUUAAAUGAUGUAGAAGCAGCAGGGAAAAAGCUACAAUCAAGAGAGCAUUUACUUCUACAUCCUGAUAUUGUUAAUCUCGAGACUCUUUACUGGGCAAAAGUAGAAGAAUCCAUCCCCAAAUGGGAGCCGUUUUUUUUAGGAAGAACACAAGCCCCUGUUGGUGUUAAAAAAAUCAAGCCAAUCAAGGAAAAAUCAGGUCUCUCAAAAGGAUUGAUACCAAAAUAAAAAGGAAACAAAAACCAAGCCAGGUUCAUGGGAAAGAUCUGUCCAAGCCUUCAAAUGUUGGAUCAUUAAAUGGCUCUUUUAAAUUUUUGUUGGAUAAGCAGCAUUCAUUCUAAAACUGCAUUGAAGACCGUCCCCCCAAAAGGCCUAUUAUCUACCUGUCUUUCAGAUCAAACAUGGACAGCACACUGUAGGAUGGCAACUCAGCUGUUCAAUUACCUAGUAAAAAUGAGAAAUAAUUUAAUCUGUUGCACAUCUAUCACUUUUACAAAGGAGAGGUAUCUUUUGCCAAUAAAAUCUGAUUGUCUGCCCCAUGAGAGCACUUGCUCCCUAGGAGGGCACCUAAGUGCUGCAGGCUCAAGCAGAGAGGACCUAUUGCAUUUGCACAUUCCUUCUUAACCAAGCCAUAUCCCCUUCCUCCCAGUCUCAUUUGAUCUAUGGAUACUUGCUCUGUCAUUAAAUAUUGAAAAUACUCGAUUUGAAUCUAGCUGGUAUAACAGGAUUUAACUGGGAUUUUAGCAUUUUUCAGCACUGAAGAGAACUCAGCUUUGUUCUUGGGAUCAAUCCGCCACCAAUGUGUACAGCAACAGAAGCCCAUAUCAGGCUACAUUUUCUGUGGACAUAGUUUGUCAAAAUAAAAGUCUUGAACAAGUA